GCGCUCACUUUAAAAUGUAGUACACCAGCGAAUUUGUGUUCUUGAAUAUGAAAUCUCCAGCGCUUACAUCGCUUUCAAUUUUUAGCUCUGUUGUACUCUUGACAUGUAAAAGUAAAUUUGACGAGCACUAAAGCUAAACCCGUUACUCUCCAUAACCCCUCACAGUGAUGAGUGUUCCCCUUAUAAUGUGUGUUGAAAGGUUGUUACUCAGCUCUUAGUCUAACAUGGUUCUUGUAUUUCUUUUAAAAAAAUACGUAACAGCAUAUAUUUUACUUUAUGGACUUUUUGUCUGAAAUAAAUUAUUUUUAUUUUCGUCCCUCUGGUGGGUACGAGCCUCUCAAACCACCAAUCACACACACAAAACCCUCACAAAAAGAGAAGAAUUUCGGAGUAGUGAAGUCUGUUGAACUCAUAUGCAUGUUGGUGGACAUCGCAUGUGCGCUCGAAAUGUUUUUUAAUUAUAUAGACACUUUGGCAUCUUCAUGAUGUCUUCUUUAACUCCGAGCACAAGAUAAAUCAGCUGAAACGUCGGGAAUAUAAAAUAACUUAAUUAAACGCGAUAAAAUCCGUAAAAGUAGUUUUAUUCAAUGUGUAGUGUUCGCGUAAAUAUAAGAAAUCAUUAUGAAAGUUCCUGUCAUGCCGGCAGGGAUAAUUUACGCGAUUUGCUUGGUAGGACUAAGAAAUUUAAAGAAUACUCUUUUUCUUGAGCUGCUAUGUCUCUCUUAAUCUCUUAUGAUAUAUCUCAGGUCUUACUCUUACUUGGUCUAAAAUAACAAAACAUAAUAGAUCUAAUAAAAUAUGAAAUCAGUAGAACUUUCAAUUCAAUCAUCAAUUUAUUCUCAGCGUACUAUAAUUUGAUAUAUAAACUUGUUUCCAAUAUGGAAUGUUGGCAUUUGACUUGAUAGUUGCUUGACCUUAUAUACCAGUAUGACUAGUUUUGUAAUCAAUGAAUGACCUUAUCACGGUUUUCCUCUUCCUGAUCAGAAUAAAAAAUGUCCAUUUCACUUUUUACAAAUUAAGGUAUAUACAGAACUAUACCUACUCGUUUCAAUUCCAAAUGAUUAAUUAGAUGUUUAGCCAAUUUACGAAUCAGAAGCAUCCUUUGUAUAUUUUAGGAAACCACUACUGGAUUGAUUACUGAAAACCCAUCAAAAACUUAAAAAAACACUAAGAUCUUUUCGAGAGCGAGUUUCUGCCUUGCUUGAAAUGGCUAAGCUAAUUAUAAGUCAUCGUCUUUCCAGGGUAAGAGUCUCCGUGAACAGAUGACAUCUCUUCCAUAAGUUUAAGUUUUUCCUUGCUUAGCGAAGAACUUAAUCGCGGCAUGAAACAUAAUUUUCUCCAUAGUUGGUUUUCACUUCCCGAUUGACUUGUUCAUCCUGUGAUAUCUCAAAGGGUAAUAAACCGAUUUGGCUGAAAGGUGUUCAUAAUUGUAUUGAGUUACCAAGUAGUGACAGUUAAAAAAAUGCCCCAUCACCUCUCUAACCUUCCAUACUGCGAACUUUUUAAACAUCCAGAUAAAUCACUGGAAGCAAAAAGGAUUCUUCCAAGGACGCUGCUUCCAGUGGAUCUGGGACUAGGAUCAAAGUUACUGCAAUGUUUUUUGAGGACUAAUACGGGCUAUUAUAUUUAAUUAUUAUUUCUUGAUAAUUUUACAAUUGCAGAGCGAUUCACACAAAUGAAGAUAUCCGGUGGUCACUAUGUAACAGUAAUUGAAGACAAGCGCUCAUCAAAAAUAAUCGCUGCCGCCACACUCACAGUGGAACAGAAGUUUAUCCACAAUUGUUCCUUGCGUGGCCGUUUAGAAGACGUAGUUGUUAAUGAUACUUACAGAGGAAAACAACUGGGAAAGUUGUAAGUACCUUGAUUUAAAUUAAUGCAGUGCUUUUUACUGGGGCUGUCCAUACCAGACGGUUACUGAACAGAAAAAAAAUCGACACGAGGUUGUUAGUUAUUUAAUUUAAAUUUAAUUUCUGUAUCUCACUAUAGAAAUUAAAUAUAAAUUGGAGGAAGAAAAUACUUUUUAAUGUUUUGUCAUAAAAUGUCAACGUCAAUGCACAUGGUGAACAGUUUAAUAAAAUAUACUUUAUGCCAAACUAGGAAAAAAAAAUACUUUAAUAUUUUACUUGACCACCCUAGUAGUGCUUUGUUUUUUUACACAAUAAUAAUAACUAUGCAAUAUAUACAAAUUAACAUGACGUGCAUACACUAACAUGUGUGGAAUUAUCUCGCUAGCCGAAGCUAAGCUAGGAACUAUAACCUUCUGUAGCUUAUACAGCUUAACGGUCCUUUAAGACAAGGUGGUGACAGAUUUGACACAUCAUCAUCUACUGCGCGUAAGUCACAAUACUGUGCUAUUCAUUAUACAUUAUACGAGUUACGCACACUAUUCCGUUUGUUAACGUGUAUUCAAGGAUCUAUCAUAGUUGGACGGAAAGAGUUUUUGUAAGAAAUCGUCGAUCGCCGACCAUUUUAGCUGACCCCUGCAGCGAGACUACUUCUGUAAACUACAGCAAACUUUUGGGAGCCUAGUACUUUGAGUUUGAUUUAAAACUAAGCAUGCCACUCAAGCGAACGCCGCCUCCCGCCUCACCGCCAGCGGAAAAAAACAAGAAUAAGAAUGUGACCUGUACACCUAUAAAUAUUUGCCCCAGCCUAUCUACUGAAAAGCCUUCUUCAGAGGGUGAUAAUGUCACCCUAAGGAAAAAAGGUGUUAUUGAUUCUUCUAGUAUGGAACUAUUUAUGGAGGAAAUCAGGGAAAUUAGAGAAAUUAUAGUUAAGUAUAACAUUGUAAAACAUCAGAGUACAUUGACUUCUGUACAAUCCUCUGUGAAUGAAAUACUAUCCCAAUAUAAAGAUAUUAAAGAAUCAAUCGAGAUGAUAUCUAAGCAAUACGAUAGUAUGAAAGUCAAAUUUGAUUCCCUCGAAAAGCAAAGAAAGGAAGACCGACUUUACAUCGUUGAACUUGAAGGAAGAAUAAGCUCUCUGGAGUCAACUAUUGUGGCAUCAAAGCUUGAGCUUAGAAACAUCCCUGUGGGACCCAGUGAAUCCAAAGAAAGUCUGUGCGACAUUGUUUUAAAAACUGCUAAGGCCCUAGAAGUGCCUCUUCAACAGCCAGAAAUAAAAGACGUGUUCCGCAUUAAAAACAAAACUGGUAACGGAAAUAUUAUCGUCGACCUUGCAACUACCAUAAAGAAAGAAAAUUUCUUGAAAAAAGCGCGCAAAUUU